GUCUUGGAAGGGACCAACUGGCUGCGGUGUUUAAUUCCAGAAUCAAGGAGCGGGGCAGGACCAACCCUACCCAGAUCUCCUCCCCCAGGCCCGGUCCCCUCACAGGACGCCCCCUCCCCGCUCUUCCUGCCGGGUUUCCUCUCUCCUUUUCCUGUCCCCCACCCAGUGCCGGGAGCUGGGGCAGAGGCUGAGCAGGAGCAGUGGGGUCAGGACCAACCCAGGCCAGCGGAGCCAGGGCCCCCGGGUGCUGCGGGGACCCGAAGCAGGGGCCAUGCUAUCUGGUGAACGGAAGGAGGGCGGAAGCCCCCGCUUCGGAAAGCUCCAUCUCCCGGUGGGCCUGUGGAUCAAUUCUCCCCGGAAGCAGCUGGCCAAGCUGGGGCGGCGCUGGCCCAGCGCCGCCUCCGUCAAGUCUUCAUCUUCCGACACGGGGAGCCGCAGCAGCGAGCCGCUGCCCCCGCCGCCGCCGCACGUGGAGCUGCGGCGGGUGGGCGCGGUCAAGGCGGCCGGAGGAGCCUCGGGGAGCCGCGCCAAGCGCAUCUCCCAGCUCUUUCGGGGCUCGGGGACCGGGGCCACGGGGUCCGGCAGCGCGGGAGGCCCCGGGACUCCGGGGGGCGCGCAGCGCUGGGCCAGCGAGAAGAAGCUGCCGGAGCUGGCGGCGGGCGUGGCCCCGGAGCCCCCGCUGGCCGCCCGCGCCACAGCGCCCCCGGGGGUCCUCAAGAUCUUCGGCGCGGGGCUGGCGUCGGGCGCUAACUACAAGAGCGUGCUGGCCACGGCGCGCUCCACGGCGCGCGAGCUGGUGGCCGAGGCGCUGGAGCGCUACGGGCUGGCCGGCACGGGCGCCCCCUCGUGGCGACCACAGAAGAACCGCUCCCGGGCAGCGUCCGGUGGGGCGGCGCUGGCUAGUCCUGGCCCAGGGUCCGGGUCAGGGCCCGCGGCUGGAUCCGGGGGCAAGGAGCGCUCGGAAAACCUGUCCCUGCGGCGCAGCGUGUCGGAGCUCAGCCUGCAGGGUCGGCGGCGGCGGCAGCAGGAGCGCAGGCAGCAGGCCCUUAGCAUGGCCCCAGGGGCAGCCGACGCCCAAAUCGGAUCUGCAGACCCCGGCGACUUCGAUCAGUUGACCCAGUGCCUCAUCCAGGCGCCCAGCAACCACCCCUACUUCCUGCUACUCCAGGGCUACCAGGACGCCCAGGACUUCGUGGUGUACGUGAUGACGCGGGAGCAGCACGUGUUCGGCCGGGGCGGGAACUCCUCGACCCGCGGUGGAUCCCCAGCCCCGUAUGUGGACACCUUUCUCAACGCCCCGGACAUCCUGCCACGUCACUGCACAGUGCGAGCGGGCCCUGAGCCCCCGGCCAUGGUGCGCCCAUCCCGGGGAGCCCCGGUCACGCACAACGGGUGCCUCCUGCUGCGGGAAGCCGAGCUGCACCCGGGCGACCUGCUGGGGCUGGGCGAGCACUUCCUGUUCAUGUAUAAGGACCCCCGCACGGGGGGCUCGGGGCCAGCGCGGCCGCCAUGGCUGCCCGCGCGCCCCGGGGCCUCGCCACCGGGCCCUGGCUGGGCCUUCUCCUGCCGCCUGUGCGGCCGAGGCCUGCAGGAGCGCGGGGAGGCGCUGGCCGCCUACCUGGACGGCCGCGAGCCCGUGCUGCGCUUCCGGCCGCGCGAGGAAGAGGCGCUGCUGGGCGAGAUCGUGCGCACCGCGGCCGCCGGCGCCGGGGACCUGCCACCGCUCGGGCCCGCCACGCUGCUAGCGCUGUGCGUGCAGCAUUCAGCCCGGGAGCUGGAGCUGGGCCACCUGCCGCGCCUGCUGGGCCGCCUGGCCCGUCUCAUCAAGGAGGCUGUCUGGGAAAAAAUUAAAGAAAUUGGAGACCGUCAGCCAGAGAACCACCCUGAAGGGGUCCCUGAGGUGCCCUUGACCCCCGAGGCUGUGUCCGUGGAGCUGCGGCCGCUCAUGCUGUGGAUGGCCAACACGACGGAGCUGCUGAGCUUUGUGCAGGAGAAGGUGAUGGAGAUGGAGAAGGAGGCCGACCAGGAGGACCCACAGCUCUGCAAUGACUUGGAAUUAUGUGACGAGGCCAUGGCCCUCCUGGAUGAGGUCAUCAUGUGCACCUUCCAGCAGUCUGUCUACUACCUCACCAAGACUCUGUAUUCAACGCUGCCUGCUCUCCUGGAUAGUAACCCUUUCACAGGUGGGGCAGAGCUGCCAGGGCCUGGUGCAGAUCUGGAGUCCAUGCCUCUGGGGUUGAGACCUACCCUGGGCGUGUUCCAGGCAGCUCUGGAACUGACCAGCCAGUGCGAGCUGCACCCAGACCUCGUGUCUCAGACUUUUGGCUACUUGUUCUUCUUCUCCAAUGCGUCCCUUCUCAACUCGCUGAUGGAACGAGGUCAAGGCCAACCGUUCUAUCAGUGGUCUCGAGCCGUCCAAAUCCGAACUAACCUGGACCUUGUCUCGGACUGGCUGCAGGGGGCUGGGCUGGGCGACAUUGCCACUGAGUUCUUCCGGAAACUCUCCAUGGCUGUAAACCUGCUCUGCAUUCCCCGCACCUCCCUACUCAAGGCUUCAUGGAGCAGCCUACGAACUGAUCACCCCACACUGACCCCUGCUCAACUCCACCAUCUGCUCAGCCACUACCAGCUGGGUCCUGGCCGUGUGCCACCAGCUACGUGGGAGCCUCCCCCUGCAGAGCGAGAUGCUGUGGACACAGGGGACAUCUUCGAAAGCUUCUCCUCCCACCCUCCCCUCAUUCUGCCCUUGGGCAGCUCGCGCCUGCGCCUCACGGGCCCCGUGACGGACGACGCCCUGCACCGUGAACUGCGCAGGCUCCGCCGCCUCCUCUGGGAUCUUGAGCAGCAGGAACUGCCGGCUAAUCACCGCCACGGACCUCCCGUGGCCACGCCUCCUUGAAAACCAAUAGAAAACGAGCGCGCGAACCUUGAAAAUUCACCGGCUUCUACUCACUGGAGCCCGCCUUAGCGCAGAGCUUUCUGGGAGUUGUAGUUUUUUUCCCCGCAUGGAAUGCUGGGAGUUUGAGUUUUCGGGUAGUAGAGGAUGGGACGGUGGGAAGAUGGGCUUGGGAUUUGAGCGCCAGGAGCAAUAAAGGUAUCUGUGGUAUUGGCAA